AUGGUGUGCCGGCCUCAUAGCCGGAUGCUUUUACGCCCAGAAAUCGUGUGGCGCCGGCACAGUAUCCAACUAUCGACGUACCGAUCAACUCACCGCAAUGGAAAUGGGAAGGUGUCUACUCUCAUCCCAAUUAACCCCCCUCCUAUUCUCUCAAAUACCCAGCAUCAGCAUAUCACUUGCACAUAGUAGGAGUAUUUCUUGUCAAAAAUAUCCACCCCAGAAGAAGAAGAAACUUCUCCUGCUGCAUGGGUUUGGAAUUUAUACUCCGUUCUUUAACUCUUCUACACCCUCAUCAUCAUCAUCCUCUUGCACAAAAGCUGUGUUAUCUCCUGAAAUUCCAAAUCAGAAGAAAAAUUACUCAAAAGUUGCUGCUGAAUCAACAGGCCCCAUUCCCGCUAAUCAUCUUCUUCUAGUGGUUGAGACUGCUGCUACAACUGGUGCUCAGGUCGUGAUGGACGCCGUGAAUAAGCCUCGAACAAUUACCUACAAAGGACUCACUGACUUAGUGACAGAGACAGAUAAAAUGAGUGAGGCUGCAAUUCUAGAAGUUGUGAAAAAGAACUUCUCAGAUCACCUUAUUCUUGGGGAGGAGGGAGGGCUUAUUGGCGAUUCAUCUUCUGAUUAUCUUUGGUGCAUAGAUCCCUUAGAUGGGACAACGAAUUUUGCACAUUGCUACCCUAGCUUUGCUGUCUCUGUGGGAGUUCUCUUUAGAGGAAAACCAGCUGCUGCUGCUGUGGUUGAAUUUGUUGGAGGACCUAUGUGUUGGAAUACACGGGUCUUUUCUGCAGUUUCUGGUGGAGGUGCAUUUUGUAAUGGGCAAAAAAUUCAUGCAAGUCUUACUGAUAAGGUGGAGCAAUCUCUUCUGGUUACUGGGUUUGGGUAUGAACAUGAUGAUGCAUGGGCUACCAACAUUGACUUAUUCAAAGAAUUUACUGAUGUCAGCCGGGGUGUAAGAAGGUUAGGUGCUGCUGCAGUGGAUAUGUGCCAUGUAGCUCUUGGAAUUGUUGAAGCAUAUUGGGAAUAUCGUCUAAAACCAUGGGAUAUGGCUGCUGGUGUUUUGAUAGUUGAAGAAGCUGGUGGGGUAGUUUCCUGCAUGGAUGGUGAAAUUUUUUGUGUAUUUGAUAGAUCUGUCUUGGUAUCCAAUGGCGUGCUGCAUGCCCAGCUUUUGGAGAGAAUUGGUCCUGCUACAGAGAAACUGAAGAAGAAGGGUAUUGAUUUUUCGUUGUGGUUUAAGCCAGAAAACUACCGCACUGAACUUUGACAUGCCCGAGUGCAAUUUCAUUUGAAAUCUCUCAAUCAGGUGCUGUCUACAUUCAUUCUGCAGUAACUGAAUUUGAAAAAGGAAAAUAGUGGAAAAUUGGCUUCA